AUGGUCGAGAUGCUAAACCCAUUUGCAUUCGAUAACUCGAAGCUUCUCGAGGUGUACCAGCUGAAGACGCUGAACCCAAGGUCAACAUGGGAGAAGGAGACCACCAGAAACGAUUCCACAGAGAACAGCGAGGCCAGCCGAAAGCAGCGGAGCUUGAGCGACAUUCCGGAUCCGCUACAGCCGAGCCGGUCGAUGGAGGGGCUGCUUGAGCAAUUGAAUAUUCCGCCCGAAGAGCGGCACAGGUACUACAUCAACUGCAAUAGCUUCAACACGAAGUUGUUCCUGCGUAAUAUACACAAGGAUGACACUUUCAAGGAGCUAGCGGACGCGCUAGAGUCGCUCAAUGUGUCUAUGACUGAGGAGGGCAAUGACCUGAAAAACCUUGUACAGACGAAUUUUGUGCGGUAUGUGCGGUGCAAGUCGAACCUGGACCAGAUAUACGACCAGUUUAACAAGCGGAUGAGCGGGAACGAGAACUUUCUCGGCAUUGAUCACCUGGAUGAGUCGGUCAACAACAUGGUGCGCGGGACGACGAUGAAGGUGAUUCCACUGGUGGAUCAAGCGAGUAAGGUGAAACACUACAAGUCGGCGAUCCGGUACGUUCAAGAUAACAAGGAGCUGUUCGACCUUCCCAAGACGCUGAUAGAAAGUGUGAACAAGAAAGACUAUGGAACUCUGAUGUCGGAGUAUAAGAACGGCUGCAAGCUAUAUGCCCAAACAAAGCAAAACCAUGUAGUCACCAAGAUCUGGAAGGAAGUUGAGACUAUCAUUGACCAGUAUCGGAAUCACACGUGGGAGCAGCUAUUGGAGUCUGUGGAGAAUGAAAAUCAGGAGUACUUCCUUCCCUUGAUCUCGAAGCUGGUUGACUUAAAGGUCGAGGAGAAUCCUGUAAAUUUGUGGAUGACAAACAGGCUGAAAAGAUUCCAUACUCAGCUAAGAACUCUGUCACAAACCAUGAUGGAAAAGAUUGUGAAUGCACAGCACGAUAUCCUGAAGAAUAAUAUCGCGGAGAACAUCGAUCUAACUUUCUAUCUUAAUAUGGAGACGUACUCUGAAGACAUGAAAAAUGUUGCAUCUCGCAAGUACAACUUGACGGACUCCCCCAUCGUGAUUGAAAUGUGGCUGUUGAUCCUCAAAUACAUAACCACGAUCUCUGACCUCUGCACCAAGUUUGUAGAGUUCUGGGAGCACGUGGAAAGGUUUAUGAAUAACAGUUAUCAGACGACGUUGCUUAAUGAGAAAAGGAAAGAAAAUAUUAUAGGCCUUGGUGACCAGACGCAGGAAGAAGCUACUAUGCUUCAAUUGUCAAAAACUGAGAUCGCCGUUACUAGAGAAGGUGGCCAAAACUUUGUCAAACUGCUGAAUCGGGCAUUGUCUGAUCUAUUUAUGUCCACCCAACAAAGCUUAGGCAAGGAGCAGGCGAAAGUUCCAGAAGGUGCAUAUCCCUCCCAUUUCGGUUUUAUACCUCCUAGAUGCAACAGUUUGAGUUGUUUAAGGUAUUUGCCGAAAAUUGUCGACCCCAUUCUGAAAUUUACGACAGAACUUGCACAAUUAACCAUAACCGAUGAUUGUAUCAGGAUUCUACGCACUCUAGAUGAAAUGAUACUUGACCGCUGCGUUGGAGCAAUUUCAUCUACAAAAUUGAGAGAUAUGUCUAAUUCCCAUGAGCUGGAAGACUGGGAAGUGUUCCAGGUAGUAGGAGAUGAAAAAUACUGUAUUACCCAGUAUCCGGAAAUUGUGUUGUGUUUCAACCAGUACAGUAUUAGGACUAUGAGGGAUAUAUUAUUUUCCUAUGAGAAACUACCUGUCUUAAAUGGCAUAUCCAUCGUUAGCUAUCCUUCUGACCAACUAGUGUCCGUUAUAGAGCUACAGCAAAUAACUUCUCUUGAAUCGGUUUUAGAAUCGAUCUUGAAGAACGCCGCUAAGGAUAAGGAUAAUCCUCGCAAUUCGCACACUAUUCUCACCUUGACCAACCUGCAGCAUAUCAAGGCCCACACAUUCCCAGAGAUCUUACAGUACUUUGAUGAGGCCUUUGAAUCUAACCUGAAUGCCAAAAAGCUGGAAAUCUUUACGCUUUUGAAAAAGAUGGAGUCUUCCAUCUUUGGCAAUUACCUAUCAGGACUGAAGAUGACAUUGAGGGAUAUACUAGAGGAGAAAUUCCAUGAUAUAAACUGGGCUACUCAUAGCUCCAACUCCUUCCGAGCAGGUGAUUAUAUUAUCGAAUCUCUCAUGAUUUUGGUGACCGUUCACAGCGAAUGCUUUCAACUUGGACCGCAGUUGAUACAGCGUAUACUAAAAGAAUCUCAGAUAUUUAUCUCAAAGUAUCUUUUUGAAGCCUUUAAGCCGUACAUCGGCCACAUAUCAUCUGAUGGACUCCUACAGAUCACUGUAGAUUUGCAAUUCUUCCAGCGAGUAUUAAGAGGCCAUCUCGAACAUGAGACAGUAACAAUAUUAAAUGCUUGUCUGCAGAGUUGCUUCCAAAAUGACAUCCCACGCAUGCAGCGGUGUAUCACUGAAACCGACCCCAUCGUCACAUCCAACUUAAACAGAACUAGCGUUCAAUUUGCUUCCUUUGAGUAG